UGCGAGAACGUUGACGAGUUGAUGCUUCUUGAGCGACCCCAGCGUCCCCAGGUUGGCGUCCUCUACGCGAACACGCGGCACGGAUGCCCCAUUAGGUGGGGACGGGCUCGGGGCGCGCGGUCCACGGGGAGGCAGGGGUUGGUCGGCAGCGGAGGGGGCGAUGUCAAACAGCGAAUCGAAAGCCGGCUUGUCGCGAACAUUGAGUGCAAUCAUGCGAGCUAUCACCCGGCUGCCCUCGACUGCCGCCUUCUCCUUACUACAGUUCACCAACUUGCAGUAGACACGCGAUCCCGGAACCCACCACAUUACCGCACGAGCUACUCCUACUACAACGCCCUGCUCUAGAUCAAACCGCUCGGUCGGCAAGACCAUCACUAGCUGCCUGUCCUGCGGUUGUGGUCCCACAGCCGCAGCUUCCACCGCGCGGGUGGUGAAACCCUCGACAACACCUGAUGGUUAGAAGAGGACAUCGCUGCUAGUGCGAGACAGACGGAGAGCGAGUCGUGUGAGAUGACAAUGUGAAAGGAGUAGAUUCAAUGCAAGGUCACUAAGCGCGGGCGAAAGUACAAUACGAGCAUGCACGGCAAGAAAUUACAAGGGAACAGCAGUGCAAUGAUCUCAAAGGGGAUAAGUGUUUCCGAAGGAAAAAAAAAUUGGAAAUCACGACAAACUGGUUAAACUAGUACAAUGGAUACCAUAUAAACGGCAGCAAGGUAAGUGCUUGCGCACAGCAUAAGCAAAUGUCACGGGGCGUACAAUUCGAAUGCAAAAAACCGACAGCGUUAUUACGGAACAGUCGGGUGCUCCCUGCGCGCCAUCGGAACGCUGGGCUCAUGCAACAGCAGUUGGGAUAGUGCGGGCGAGACUUAAGAGAGAGGUGACUGUAUUGUAUACACAGAGCGAGUAGUUUUUCGAUGCACUUAUGAAUCUGAUGUUACCUGCUCGUUGUAGGGCUCAAGAGUUUUUUUUGUUACUGACAUCACAGUACUUUAAAGCCCAGAAAAACACCAAGGAUGUAAUAUCAGGUGCCCAUAUCUUGUGGUUGAUGGAAAAAAUAAAAUAAAGUAGCCACCGAGACAAAAAGCUAGUUUAAAGCUGACAAAAAAAAAACGAACAAGAAAAAAAAAAAGAUUUGAAAGUAAUGUAUUUGAAAUCAAUACUGCUGUAGGAUAUAAGCGAAGUAUCAAAAGGAAAGGGCUAAUAACCAGACUUUAGAACUUAAUCAAGAAAAAAUUAGGGCCAUGCAUAUAAAAAAAAUCAAUUCAACCGCCUAAUACUAAGACGAUAGCAGCACACCUCGUUAAGGGCGCAGCAAAAAAAAUGUCACUUGAUGUUCACUUUCGUGAAGAAAAAUUCAAAUUAAUCUUUAUAUGCCUUGUAUAGUAAAAAAAGAUGCUGAUAUAACACUACUUAUGGGAACGACAGCCCCAUGCUUUGUACGGCACACGUAUCCAACCAGCGAAAGCAAAUAGCUACACACGAUUAGAACCGCAGGCGUGCGGCAAUCAGGACGGCUUUAAUCGAGAUACGAUCGAGCGUCAGACGCCGCGG